GCUUGGUAUAUCAUUUCUAGAUCUUCUGUAUUAUGUGCAUUCUUUUUUAAGAAACAAGAACACAGAAAGAAAGAAAGAACAAGGCAUACAAAUGGCAGCAGAGGUUGGUUUGAGUGUACUAGGAAAGAUCGGGGAGUUGCUGAUUGAGCCAAUUCAACGAGAACUUGGCUAUCUCUUCUGUUUCAACAAUAACUUUCAAGAGCUCCAAACUCAACUAGAAAAACUAAUAGCAAUGAAAAACGAUGUACAAACAAGGGAAGAUGCAGAAAUGAGGAAGCGUAACACCCUGGGUGAAUCCGUCAAGUUGUGGAUUGUGAAUGCAGACGGAAUAGUUGUAGAAGCAGAGAGCCUUCUCAAUGAGAAGGCCAAGGUUCAGAAAGGGUGUUUCUCCAUCAAAUGGUGUCCUAAUAUAAGCUUGCGCUUUUCUUUAGGCAGGAAGGGGAAGAAGUUAUCUCUCGUUAUCAUUGAACUUGUUCAAGCUGGUGCUCAGUUGCCACAGACGGGUCACGCCUUAACCAUGCCACCCAUAAAUAUGCGCGAUUACAAUGGAGAUGCUCGUGAUUUCAACAGCCGAGGUCAGAUUGUGGAAGACAUCAUUGAGAAGUUAAGGGAUGAAAAGACAAUGUUAAUUGGGAUAUGCGGGAUGGGAGGCAUUGGAAAGACUACAUUGGCCAAGCAAGUCCUCCAAAAGGUGGAAAUACCUUGCUUGGAGUUUCUGAAUAUCUUAUUUAUUCCAAAUAUUGAAACUUUGCCUAUAGUGGCUCCAUCCCUAAGCAUCUUGCACAUUGAUAGUUGCGGAAGCUUAAGAUAUGUCUUCUCGGAGAUUUUCUUGAUAAGUAUUUCUCAUCUUGAAAAUUUAUCCAUUACAAACUGCAAAAUGUUGAAGGGACUAAUAGGAGUGUCGAAGGGUGUAGAAGAGGAGUCGAAAAUAUCAAUUGAAUUCCCCAAUUUGAAGAGAUUGGAUCUCGCAUCCUUAGACAAAUUAACAAGUUUUGUCAUGGACAUUAACAAUUUGGACGUUGAAGAGAAAAAGUCGCAGCAAAAAACACUAUUUGAUCAUGAUGAGGUGAAAAUACCUUGCUUGGAGAUUCUGAAUAUCUUAUCUAUUCCAAAUAUUGAAACUUUGCACAUCGUGGCUCCAUCCCUAAACAAUUUGUACAUUAAUAGUUGUGACAGCUUAAGAUAUGUCUUCUCAGAGAGCUUAUUGAUAAGUAUUUCUCAUCUUGAAAGUUUAUCCAUUAAAAAAUGCAAAAUUUUGAAGGGAUUAAUAGGAGUGUCGAAGGGUGUAGAAGAUGAGUCGAAAAAAUCAAUUGAAUUCCCUAAUUUGAAGAGAUUGGAUCUCGCAUCCUUAGACAAAUUAACGAGUUUUGUCAUGGACAUCAACAAUUUGGAUGAUGAAGAGAAAAAGUCGCAGCAAAAAACAGUAUUUGGUCAUGAUGAGGUGAAAAUACUUUGCUUGGAGGUUCUGAAUAUCUCAUCUCUUCUAAAUAUUGAAUCUUUGCACAUCAUGGCUCCAUCCCUAAACAAGUUGGAUAUUGAUGGUUGUGACAGCUUAAGAUACGUCUUCACGGAAAGCUUCUUGAUGAGUAUUUCUGAUCUUGAAAAAUUAUCCAUUAAAAAAUGCAAAAUGUUGAAGGGACUAAUAGGAGUGUCGAAGUGUGUAGAAGAGGAGUCGAAAAAAUCAAUUGAAUUCUCUAAUUUGAAGAGAUUGGAUCUCGCAUCCUUAGACAAAUUAACAAGUUUUGUCAUGGAGAUUAACAAUUUGGAUGAUGAAGAGGAAAAGUUGCAGCAAAGAACACUAUUUGAUCAUGAUGAGGUAUCGUUUCCUUGCUUAGAUGUGUUGUAUAUAUUUGAAUUGCCAAAGAUAAAUUAUAUAGUAGGAUGGAAAGAGGGAAGGAGACAGGGUGAAGGACAUCAUCAUCAUCCUGAUAAGAUAUUUCAUGUAUUAAGUUCAUUGAUGUUGUAUGAAUUAAGCAAUUUAAUACAUGUGUAUGAAAUCAACCAGCCAGACCUAGGAGUGCUUUUAUUUCAAAACUUGACAUACCUGAGAGUUGGUGGAUGUGGGAAAUUGAGAUAUUUGUUUUCGGAGAAUAUAGGUAGAGUCGCUGCCAAGCACCUUGAUUUUCUAGAAAUCUGUAAAUGUGGGAUGAUGGAAGUGGUGAUGAAGAAUAUUAAGGAGGAAUUAAUAAUUGAGGAUCAUGAUGAUGAUGAUGAUAAAGCUGGAGGAAGUAAUUUUCCACUCCUUGAGACAUUGUACCUCGGGGAACUAUCAGGUUUGAGGAGCUUUAGUGAGGUUGCUUAUACUUGGGCCUUGCCAUUACUAAGAAACCUAGCAGUGUAUCAAUGCCCCAAGCUAGAGGCACUCUCUCCCGACUAUUUGGAUUCUCCAAUGCUGGACGAUCUCCAAUAUGAUAUUGUUAGAGAAAAAGUAAAUGUAAAGAAUACUUGGAAAGGUGACAUUAACGCUGCAUUGCGUCAUUUAUUUAUCAAGAAAGAAACACAAGAAAAGAGACUAGAUAACAUGAAUGAAGAAGAUGAAGAAUCAGAAGAUUGAGGAAUAUUAAUGAGGAAGGCUGCUUAAUCUGCAACACAUUAUAGUUUUCGUGCCAGAUACCAUCAAAUAAGUUGCAGCUUCGAUCGUGUCUAUUAAAUAAUACUAAUGUCUUUACAUCCUUACAAUUAAUAGCUAGAGACAUAAUCAUCAUAAUUAG